AUGGCAGAUUCGGAUGCUUGUAUCGUGGUAUCGCCGUUCCAAUCCCAAUGGAAACGCCCAAAAGGUCUGGCUCUCAUCUUAUGCUCCGUACAAUCACACGACCCAUCUGCCGCGAGUCGAUACAAGUCCGUGACGCAGUGUCUGGCUCAGAUUGUGAAGAGCGAGGGGCUGUUCGUCCUAUACCGCGGCUUUGAGGUGACGUUGUGGCGCCACGCGGUCUGGAACGCCGGGUACUUUGGCAGCAUAUUCAAAGUCAAGGCGGCACUACCGACCCCGACAACUGACCGGGAACACGCAAUGACGAACUUCUUCACCGGCUCACUCGGAGGGAGUUUGGGCACGGUGCUCAAUACACCACUUGACGUGGUCAAGACGAGGAUCCAGGCAGCGACGAGAGCGAAAGGUGUGACGGCCAAGUAUAAUUGGGCGUUUCCGGCUUUGAUCACCGUGACACGAGAGGAAGGCAUUCGCGGUCUGUACAAAGGUCUUACUGCGAAACUGCUUCGGUUCUGUCCCGGGGGAGGGAUUUUGCUUGUCGCGCACAGCCAGAUCUUGAAGUUUUCUGAGGCGUCCAAUAAUGCAAAGCUGGCGGAGCAGGAAUUGUAG